AUGGUCCACUACGCUCUUUCCGCUCUUUUGGCCGUCGCCUCCUCGACCUACGUCGUUGCCCAGUCCGCAACCGAACAGCAGUUCCCUGACACGCCCCUCGCGAACAAGCACUUCUCUUACCCCACGCAGAUCCCCUACAAGUCGGACACGGACAGCUUUGGCCGUGGUACCCAGUUUGGCUACAACCUGUGCAACUCCACCACCGAGGGUGCCAGCUCCUUGUGCCAGACGUCCUUUGUCAACCAUCUCGAUGACUUCUGCCUGUGGUCUCCCGCGAGCCCCAACUCCACGAUCGCCGACACUGAGGGCGAGGAAGUUGCAUGGUGCACGAAGAAGGGUCACGGCACGCGUUUAAUGCCUGCCGGAACCCUCCAGGGUGUUCAGUACCUCAAGACCCCCGACUACAUCCUGAUCGCUGGUUUCAUCGACCAGACCAAGAUCAACAUCCAGGAUGGCGAUUACGGAGGUGAGCUCGACCCCCACGGUCAGGAUCUCCGUGGCAAUCCUCUCGGAGGCCUCUUGUAUUCUAACGUGUUCGAGACCAACAAUGACAACAACACGUACACGCAGGUCAUUGAGUGGACAAACUUCAUGGGUGGCAACGCUUUCUGUAUCAAGGCCUGUGAUCCCGCUGGAGCCAACGCUGCCUCUUACUGCCAGCACAUCUACGACCGUAUCGGUUGCUCAUACAAUGCGCCCAACAACGCUCAGAACGGCACCUUCGAGGUUUGCGACAGCGACAACAUGAUGUUCCCCGGGCAGUACGUUGAGAACGGUGUCACCAUGACCUACACUCAACCCCCCGAGUCUCUUGGUGCUAUCACCACCAUGCCCUACACCGCCUCCAUUCCUGCUUCCUCCAACUGCCGGACGUUCCAGUCGGCGGAUCUCUACACUGACCUCGCUGCCGUCACUGCUUCGGCUGCGUCCAGUGCCGCCACUGCGACCGCGACCGCGAGCGGCAAGUCCGGCUCGUCCGCAUCUGCUAGCAAGGGUUCCUCUGCCUCUGGCACUGCCAGCCGCUCGGGAUCUGCUUCGUCGGCAACCGUCACUGGUGCUUCCAGCGGCGCGUCCUCGAUGGGUGUCUCCCUCGUGGCCGGCAUCGUUGGUGUUGCCUUCUCCGUCGUCGCACUCGCAUAA